GUACCAACUACCAUGUCAUGGCGUCUCUUCUCUCAGCUCGCCCAUUCACUCCGCCUCUCCGCCAUUUCAACUUCAGUCGAUGUCCUUCUCCGCUUGUCAGGAAUUGGAGACAGAGUCGAGUGAGUCUGAGCUCAAUGAAUCAACCCGAGAGCGACUCCAAGACUGAAGGUCCUCCGAAAGAGGACGUUCUGGUACAGUACGUUGUGCUCCGGCGAGACCUAAUUGACACGUGGCCUCUGGGGAGCGUGGUUACACAGGGCUGCCAUGCCUCCGUCUACGCAAUCUGGUUCCAUAAGGACGACUCUCACACUGCUCAGUAUUGUAGCCCUGAAAACAUCGAUUCUAUGCACAAGGUUACACUUGAGGUGAAAGGAGAAGCGCAAAUCUUGAACUUGUCAGACAAGCUCACUGCUGGUGGCAUUGCUCAUAAACUGUGGAUUGAACAGCCUGAGAACAUACCAACAUGCCUUGCUACAAAGCCCUACCCCAAAUCUUCAGUGUCAUCGUUCUUUAAAAAGCUAAAACUUUGUAAGUGAUGCAACUUUACCAGUGUCAUUGUUCUUUAUGAGCCUUAAUAGUAUUGCAAAAUUUGUAUUUA